AGGUCAUUUUGUUAAUUGAGGACUCGAAUGGGUCUCUCAGUCAAAUUUUCUCAUUACAUUCUGCCAAAAAAUCAUUCAUUUCAUUUAAAAAACGGCAUAAUAAUUGUCCUCUUGACUUCCCUUCACUCUUCUCCACCAUGGCAAAUCUUCACUCAUAUUUCAUCUUUUCCCUUAUACUCCUUCCUUAUUCCAUGUCCUCAUCACCUAAUUACACCUUCCCUCAAAAACACUUCAUCGACUGUGGUUCACAUUCCUCAGUAUCCGUCUCCGGCAUCACCAACACCACUUUUUCCAGCGACACGAAAUAUGACUCGCGCCACAGUCACUCCGUUAACGACCCCGUGUUAUCCGGACUCUAUGGAACUGCCAGAGUAUUCAGUAAAUCUUCUGGGUAUGAACUCUCAACAGAGGAAAAUGGUGUUUACAUGGUACGACUUCAUUUCUUUCCUUUUUCUAAUCUUUUUGAUGCCAAAUUCGAUGUUUUGGCUUCGGGGUUCUUGAUUUUGUCGAAUUAUAGUGUCCCGAAAAACGUAACUUACCCUGUCAUCAAAGAGUUUCUGCUCCCUGUAAAUGGUCCUAAUUUGAAAAUCGACUUUAGACCUUCUCAAGAAUCGUCUUUCGCAUUUGUUAACGCCAUAGAAGCAUAUGUUACUCCUCAAGAUUUCAUUCCUGAAUCUGCUAGUUAUGUCACUCCUCAAGGAAAUAGCAAUAUUGCUAAAAAGGCUUUGUCCUUGGGUGUUUUAACUGUAAUUCAUAGGAUUAAUGUUGGUGGUCCAAAAAUUAUCCCUGAAAAUGAUACCAUGAGAAGAAAUUGGUUGCCUGAUGAUGAUUACUUGUAUAUCAAAGAUACAGCAAAGAAGCUUGCAACGUAUACUUAUGGGCCUAAAUAUGAUCUGGAAGGAGGAUCCACUCAAUUUGAUGCUCCUCCUUUUGUUUAUAAAACUGCCAAAGAAAUGAAUAGGGAUGAUGUGACACCAAGUAACAACUUCUUUAACAUAACUUGGCUUUUUGGAGUAAAUAAGGAUGCUACAUUUUUUGUACGCCUACACUUCUGUGACAUUGUUAGUAAACGCCGGAAUAGUACAGUUUUCAAUGUCUAUAUAUAUGGUCUAUUUGGUCAGCCAAUAGUACAGAGUUCUCCAGAAUUGGUAACUCCUUUUUAUGUUGAUUUUGUAGUGGAUUCAGAUGGUUCUGGUUUUAUGAAUAUCUCAGUUGGCCCUCCGAGUGAUUCAGUUGAUAGAAAUGCUUUUCUGAACGGGGUGGAAAUCAUGGAGCUGAUUAACGCAAAGGGAAAAGGACAAGCCAAGAAUCGUUUGUUGAUAAUCAUUGGUUCUACUGUUGGUGGUGUGGUUCUAGUCUUUGUUUCUGUAGUGGUUAUCUUGUUUUGUUUGAAAUCAAGAAAACUGAAACCUGUUGAGAGUGUUGAUGGUCCGAUGGUGAAUGUUUAUGCAGGAAGUAGUACAAUUCGUAGUAGCACUAAUCUUGAAAUGAACCUUGGGUUAAAGAUACCUCUUGCUGAGAUUUCGUAUGCUACUCAUAACUUUGAUCCCAAAUUUAUGAUUGGUGAAGGUGGUUUUGGAAAAGUUUACAAAGGAAGUUUACACAAUGGUGUUAAAGUGGCUGUGAAAAGAAGCGAGCCUGGAGAUGGCCAGGGUAUAAUGGAAUUCCAAACUGAGAUAAUGCUCUUGUCCAAAAUUCGUCAUCAGCAUCUCGUUUCAUUGAUUGGUUACUGCGAUGAACGAAACGAGAUGAUACUUGUUUAUGAGUUCAUGGAGAAGGGAACUUUGAGAGAGCAUUUGUAUAGUUCGAAGGAAGAUGUUAGUAAAUCAUCUUCACGGUCAGAAUUAUCGUGGGAUCAAAGGCUCCAAAUUUGUAUAGGUGCAGCUAAGGGCUUACACUACCUUCACACCGGUUUAAGUGAGCCAAUUAUUCACAGGGACAUUAAGUCCACAAACAUCCUUCUUGAUGAAUUUUAUGUUGCCAAAGUUGCUGAUUUUGGUCUCUCCAAAUCAGGUUCCAUUGAUGAAACACAUAUGGUUACUGAUGUUAAAGGUAGCUUCGGUUAUCUUGAUCCCGAGUACGUGAAUACCAUGCAACUGACUCAAAAAUCUGAUGUCUAUUCUUUUGGAGUUGUACUUCUUGAAGUGCUUUGUGCUAGACCAGCUGUAGACAACCUGCUCCCGAGAAAUCAAAUGAACUUGGCGGAAUGGGGACUUUCUCGGAUGAAAAAAAAACAGCUAGAAAAGAUAAUUGACCCAUUGCUUGCAGGUAAAAUUAACCCAACUACUCUGAGGAAAUUCGGGGAAACAGCAGAGAAGUGCUUGCGAGAAGAUGGCAGUGAUAGGCCUAGUAUGGCGGAUGUUUUGUGGGACUUGAACUAUGCACUAUCGCUUCAACACCCUGGGAAACCCCAAGAAUUUCACGAAGAUAGCACCAACACUGAUGUUUCGUGGCAGAUGGCAUUGCCCGGUAUUCAUCGAUUACCUUCUAUAGAUGUAAGCACAAGUUGUGUCCGUGCCAGUGAGAGUGAGGUUUUUUCACAAUUGAAAAUCGAUGAAGCCAGAUGAUAUUAAUUUGGCCUAGCUUUUGUUAGCAUGCAUUAAUAUGUACUUCCAUGUUCUUUUACUUCCUUCUAUCUGAUGCAAUUGUAUAUCAUGUAUCAAAACAGUGCUGCAACUGUAUUCACGGUUCAUUUUCUGCAUUGGAUAACAGGCAAAUGCCUCUAACAAUGCAUCUGUAUUCACAGAAUAUAAUGUUCAUAAAGUCUGCUGUCUA